UGCGUCAGCCAAUCAGUUGAUAGAUUGGAAUCAAAAUCAAGUUAACCCAUGCACUUGGUCAAAUGUUAUUUGUGAUAGUAACAAUUAUGUAAAAUCUGUAACAUUAUCAUCCAUGAACUUUUCUGGAACCUUGUCCCCUAGAAUAGGAAUUCUGAAGACUCUUACAACACUUACACUGAAAGGAAGUGGUAUAACUGGUGAGAUACCAGAAGAGUUUGGAAACUUGUCAAGUUUGACCAGCUUGGAUUUGGAAAAUAAUCAUUUAAGUGGUGAAAUACCACCUUCCCUUGGUAACCUUCAAAAGCUUCAGUUCUUUACGUUAAGUCAAAACAAUCUUACUGAGGCAAUCCCUCAGUCACUUUCUGGUCUUCCAAACUUGAUCAAUCUUGGUCAAAUUUCUGAUCAUCUUUUCCAAAUUCCACAAUACAAUUUCACAGGAAACAGCUUAAAUUGUGUUGAAAAUUCUUUACACCCCUGUGUAUCUGUGAAUGAUUCAGGUGGUUCUCGAAAGCCCAGGAUUGGAAUUAUUGUUGGAACUGUUGGACUUGAAAUUCUUGUUCUUUUGGGUAGCUUACUAUUCUUCCUAUGGAGGGGUAGACGGAAAGGCUACAAGCGCGAAGUAUUUGUGGAUGUUGCUGGUGAAGUUGACAGAAGAAUUACUUUUGGUCAACUGAAAAGGUUUGCAUGGAGGGAAUUACAGUUGGCUACAGACAAUUUCAGUGAAAAGAAUAUCCUUGGACAGGGUGGUUUCGGAAAGGUUUAUAAAGGAGUUCUUGCUGAUAGCACAAAAGUAGCUGUUAAACGAUUAACUGAUUUUGAAAGUCCUAGUGAAGAUGCAGCUUUCCAACGUGAUGUUGAGAUGAUAAGUGUAGCUGUUCAUAAGAAUCUGUUAUUGCUGAUUGGCUUUUGCACGACACCAACAGAAGGCCUUUUGGUCUAUCCAUUUGUGCAGAAUUUAAGUGUAGCCUAUCGUCUACGAGAACUCAAACCUGGUGAAGCUAUUUUGGAUUGGCCUACAAGAAAAAGAAUAGCCUUAGGUGCAGCACGUGGGCUAGAAUACCUGCAUGAACAUUGCAAUCCUAAGAUCAUUCAUCCGGAUGUGAAGGCAGCUAAUGUAUUGUUGGAUGAAGACUUUGAAUCAAUUGUUGGUGACUUUGGCCUAGCAAAGUUGGUGGAUGUGAGACGGACUAAUGUGACAACCCAAGUUCGUGGGACAAUGGGCCAUAUAGCACCUGAAUACUUGUCCACUGGAAAGUCAUCAAAAAGAACAAAUGUCUUUGGUUAUGGGAUUAUGCUUCUGGAGCUUGUAACUGGUCAACGUGCAAUUGACUUUUCACGCUUGGAAGAAGAAGAUGAUGUCUUACUGCUUGAUCAUGUCAAGAAGCUUGAAAGGGAGAAAAGGUUGGAUGCUAUUGUAGAUCAUAACCUCAAUACUAAAUAUGACAUCCAAGAGGUGGAGAUGAUGAUUCAGGUCGCAUUGCUCUGUACACAAGCAUCACCAGAGGACCGUCCAGCAAUGUCAGAGGUGGUGCGGAUGCUGGAAGGAGAGGGCCUGGCUGAGAGGUGGGAAGAGUGGCAGCAUAUCGAAGUUACUCGUAGGCAAGAGUAUGAGAGAUUGCAGGGGAGAUUUGACUUUGGAGAAGAUUCAGUAUAUCACCAAGUUCCCAUUGAAUUAUCUGGAGGAAGAUGAGGUAACAAAUUCCCCUGCGCAUCCAAAAUGCAUGUGACAUGCUUGCUCCUGGUCUUGCCAUAACCAUUCCUGGUUAUGCCCAUAACUAAUAGGUGAAGAGAAGAACAAACAAGAAAAUGUUUUCAUAUUUUGCAUGAUAUAUACAUUGCUUGUUUGUAAGAGCCCUCUUUUUAUGCCCUUAUUUGUUCAAUUAACGUCCUGUAUUUAUUUUUCUCAAAAUACCUCCACAUUUUCCUUUUAUGAUGGACAUUGUUUCUUGUUGAUCGAUCCUGUUUGGGUUAGCC